AUGACGCUCUAUUUCUUGCAAAAGGUCUAUCUGAGAACAUCACAGCAGCUUCGCUCGCUUGAUCUCGAGGCCAAAGCGCCACUUCUUGAGCACUUCAUGGAAACCCUGCAGGGUUUCACAACAAUUCGUGCUCAUUCGUGGAUUGACUACCUUAUUUCAGAUGCCUUUCAUCAACUAGAUCAAUCUCAAAAGCCCUUUUACUUACUGUUAUCGACCCUGCGAGGAAACAUCAAUUCGGGACUUUUGGGUGUUUCGAUGGUUAGUGUUGUUAACUUCGGACAGACGCUUUCGUCAUUCGUAUCGCAGUGGACCAUGUUAGAGACGUCUCUUACUGCUAUUUCAAGGAUUCAGAAUUAUGUUGCUGAGACGCCCGAGGAAAAUUCCACCUUAUUGAUAGCAGAAUUGCCAUCAGACUGGCCCACAGAGCCUAGUAUCAAUAUCCAACACAUAUCAGCCUCCUACCCAGAUACUGGACAAGAUGUGCUAAAAGACAUCAACAUCUCAAUUCCACCUGGCAAACACGUUGCGAUCUGUGGACGCUCUGGAUCUGGAAAGUCCACACUGAUGUCCGUUCUCCUGCGCCUUCUUGAACCAAGCAAAGGAUCCGUCUUGAUCGGCUCCAAGGAUAUUUCGCUUUACACCCAACAAGCCAUUUGCAAGCGACUGACGUCAAUGCCGCAAGACCCCUGGUUUGCUCCACGUAACUGUGGUGACUCUGUGCGUGAAAAUUUAGACCCACUACAGGAAAUACGUGAUGAUGCGGAAAUUUAUGAUAUUCUUGAUAAGACUGGGUUGCGUGAACAGAUUAACAAGAUUGGAGGGCUGGAUGCGAUAUUGAAGCAAGGAGAUGGAAUGCUAUCCGAGGGACAGAAGCAAUUAUUCUGUCUGGCUCGCGCAAUGCUUACUAGACGAGGAGGUAUAUUUCUGAUGGAUGAGGCCAUGAGCAGUGUCGACUACGAGACCGAAUUAAGGAUUCUCUCUCUGUUGCGAACCGAGUUUCGAGGGUGGACAAUCAUCGCCAUUAUCCAUCACCUGAGGUUCAUUCCGCAAUUUUUUGACCAGGUAGUUGUGAUGGAAGAUGGUCGUGUUCUUGAAUACGAUGAGCCGGAAAGGUUAAGAUCUGACCCUUCUUCUUUGUUUCGGAAAAUGACGCAGGCAGAGAAUAGCACGGCGGAAAAUGCCUGA